UUUGAAUAUCAGCCAACAAUCAAAUUUUGAUCGGGCUGAUGUAAGUUUGUAAUUUGAAGAAUUUAUUUAAAAGUAUAAAACAAACAAACAUUUUAAACAAUCAAGGAUUUCAAGAUGACCGUUCAUUCACUCACCACAAGGCGCCUUGUUCUUCGACUUUAUCGAGAUCUCCAGCGAUACGGUUCCCAGCUUCAACUGACCGACAAAGACUACUUCCGGCAUCGCAUCCGUACUGAAUUCACGCACAAUCGAGACUUUAUCGACCCCAAGGAAAUAGAAUUCGCGUACAAGCGCGGGCGAACUCUGCUGGAUCGAGCACGUGUAAUUUAGUCGUAAAAUGCUUUCGCUUAGAACCAUCUCUUCUUCCGUCCGGCAGUCAAUCUUCGCCAUCACUCGCUUCAAAACAACCAUCGAUGUGUCGAAAGUUCCGGUAC